AUGUCGGUAAAUCUGAGUUAUGAAGAUGAACAACGUCGUUUACAAGAGGAAAAUUUUCGUGGGUUUCGCGACCUCGAAUUGAGUAAAUUAAGUGAAGAAGAAGAAAUCAUCGCUCACCGAGAACUUGAAAAAUUUGAUGAAGUGGAACGAGAAAUUCAGGCACUCAAUGGCGAAGAUAAACGAAAUGUAGAAGCAUACGAAUGGGAAAUAAACGAUACCAAUAAGGAAAUUUCGACAAUCGACAAAGAGCUCACUGAUAUUGAAAAACAAAUUAGCCAACUUCUUAUAGAACAAAAAACACAAGCGAAUGACCUUAAACAACAAACUGAUGCUCUUGCAAAACUUACAUCACAAAUAGAACGUCUUCAAAAAGAACUUCAACUCCUACGACAACAGCAACACGAUUUAAACAUUGAGCAUGAUAAAUUGCAAUCAUAUCACAAACAAUAUAUUAUUUUUCAAGUAUAA